CGCGAGACGGGAGGCCGGCCGCCCGGAGCCGGGAGCGUGCGUGACCCUGCGGCGCGUCACGUGCGACGCCGGCGGCCAUGGCGGGAAGCGAGCCACGCAGCGGAGGCAGCUCCCCUCAGCCACACCACAGCGACUGGGGCCGUCUAGAGGCCGCCAUCCUCAGCGGCUGGAGGAACUUCUGGCAGUCGGUGGGCAAGGAGAGGGCAGCGCCGAGAGCCUCUCAAGAGGAGGCGGAUGAGGAGGCCAGUACCCUGACGCGGCUGCCGAUUGACGUACAGCUAUAUAUUUUGUCAUUUCUUUCACCUCAUGAUCUGUGUCAAUUGGGAAGUACAAGCCAUUAUUGGAAUGAAACUGUACGAGAUCCAAUUCUGUGGAGGUAUUUUCUUCUGCGGGAUCUUCCUUCCUGGUCUUCUGUUGACUGGAAGUCUCUUCCAGAUCUAGAAAUCUUAAAAAAGCCUAUAUCUGAGGUCACUGACGGUGCAUUUUUUGACUACAUGGCAGUCUAUAAAAUGUGCUGUCCAUAUACAAGAAGAUCCUUGAAAUCUAGUCGUCCUAUGUAUGGAGCUGUCACAUCAUUUUUACACUCACUGAUCAUUCAGAAUGAACCACGAUUUGCUAUGUUUGGACCAGGUUUGGAAGAACUGAAUACAUCUUUGGUGUUGAGCUUGAUGUCUUCUGAGGAACUUUGCCCAACAGCUGGUUUGCCUCAGAGGCAGAUUGAUGGUAUUGGAUCUGGAGUCAGUUUUCAGUUGAGCAACCAACAUAAAUUCAACAUCCUGAUACUAUAUUCAACUACUAGAAAGGAAAGAGAUAGAGCAAGAGAAGAGCAUACAAGUGCAGUUAACAAGAUGUUCAGUGUACAGAAUGAAGGAGAUGAUCAACAAGGAAGCCGGUAUAGUGUAAUUCCACAAAUUCAGAAGGUGUGUGAAGUUGUUGAUGGAUUCAUCUAUGUUGCAAAUGCUGAAGCUCAUAAAACUGGAACAUUGGUCUUCUCCUGCCUUCAGACUCAUACUGAGACUAGAACUAUACCAUUGGCUUUCCUGGGUCAUCAGCAGAUACUUGGAUCUUGACGGCAGAUCUGGGACUUCUCAGUCUCCAUAAUCAUGUAAGGCAGCUCCUUAUAACAAAUCGUAAGUCAUACAUAUAUCCAAUUGAUUGUGUUUCUUUAGAGAACCCAGACUAAUACAGCAUGUUGCUGUAUACAAAGUGGUUGUUUGAAAUGAGCAUAUUAAUCAUUUAAUGAACACUUCAGCCAUUUUACAUCUUAACCUGACAGCUUGUCACUUGUAUGUAUAGGUAUUUUACUGUGAAUUAGUUCUGUUUUAGGAAAUUGGUUGAGGUUUUGAGUUGACAUAAAAAUGUUACAAGUUUUCUUAUUUAAAAUGUUGAUAAAUAGACUCUCGAUUAGCAUUUAUUUUUAAAAUGUUUAAUUUAUAAAAACAGAUUUCUGAUUUUUAAGUGGAGAACACCUUAAUGUGGGAAAUGCCACAACUAAAAUGGAAAUGCUAGGUCAUAGGUUGUGUGUCUUCAACUUGGCUAGAUAAUGCCAAAUUAUAUUCCAAAAGUAUGGUACAAAUAUUCCCAUCAGGUGUCUGUGGGAAUUCUGUUGCUUAUAUCCUCACAAAGAAGGUAACCAAAUACCCCAAUUUUUAAGGAAAUGAACUGUUUUACAGAAAAAUGUCAGUCAUGAAACAGAAAGUACAGAAUUAGAAAAGAAUAAUUUCACAGACUCAAAUGAUAUAGAUUAAGGGAAAAAUUAUUAAUUUGUGUCAAAAAUCAUUAAGUGGUUAAUCGGAAAUUUGGUUAAUUGCUAAAAGAAAAUCUCACAUGUUAUUUUUUAAUAGUAAGGGAAAAACUUAUCUGUUCAGUGGAGGAGAAAACAAAGUAACUUAGUAAAAGACUCAAUCAACUGUAUCAUCACUAUUGGUUGUUAAUGAAAUAAUGUGUGCCUUUUGAUAUAAUACCACAUGAAGUUACACACCAUUGCCUAUGAAUUAUUCUAGGCAACAAUAUUUAAAUUGGAUUUACUAAGCCUCUAAUAUGAUGUUAAAUUUACAAGAAAUAUAGAAUAUAGACAAACAAGUUAAAUGAGAGUGUGGCAAAUAAAGUAGACAAAUUCAGGGAUAUUCUGCAGGAGGUAAAUGGGUUGGAUUCUUUAAAAAGUUACUAUUGUGAAAAGGACAAUUGUGGUUGAUUCUGAGAAACUAAGGGACAUAAAAACCAGAGACAAAUGAUCUUAUGUUUUAUAUAUAUAUGUGUGUGUGUGUAUAUAUAUAUAUAUAUAUACAUGUAUGUGUGUGUGUGUGUGUGUGUAUAAUUUUAUUUAUUUGUCAGAGAAAGAGAGAGAGAGUACAAGCAGGGGUAGUGGCAGGCAGAGAGAAAAAUAGGCUCCCCACCAAGCAAGGAGCCCAAUGUGGGACUCAAUUCCUGGAUCCUGGGAUCAUGACUUGAGCUGAAGGCAGACACUUAAACAGACAUCCUCACAUUUGAUAUUUGAAUGAAUAAACCUCCUGUGUGCAAUAUUUGGGGAUUAUAUGGGAAAUUUUGAAAAUACUCUCAAUAUCAGAGGAGAUAAAAUGUACUGAAAGAGAAAGUAGAGAUAACUUACUGAAAAAAGCAGGUUGAGAAAAAAAUAUGUGCAAUAUGAUUUUAUACUGAGAUGAAACUGCAAAGGGGUGUGUGUUUGUAUGUGUAAAGACCUGGAAGUAUAGAAUUAAGAUAAUUAGUAGUGGAUAAAGGAUUUAUUUAAUUAUGUUUUCCUAAUUUUCUACAAUGCACAUAUGCUUCUUUUGUAGCAAUAAUUUUUAAAAGACACAGAGUAGAUAAUAGAGAGGGAUAGUCCAAGAUGGUGGAGUAGAAGUCUGGUCCCAGGAAUUCAGCUCGAUAGCUAUCAAAUCAUUCUGAACACCUGUUAGCUCAAUCAGAGAUCUAAGAAAAUAAUAGCUGCAACUCUACAAAUAGAAAAGCAACCAUUUUCUGCAAGGUAGGAGGUGUGGAGAAGUGAAACAUAGGUGAUAUAUGGGAGGAGGGAGACUCUGUAAGCUGGCUAAUGGCAAGUAAUGUAGGAGUAGAGCACAAAAUCAGAACUUUAAGAAAUCUGCUCCAGUAAGGGACAUCCUUGCCUUAACGGUGUUCAGGUGGUAAAACAGGGUGGAGUCCUAGAUGGGACAGUAUGGUUUCAGGAUCCUCGGGAUCAUAGGAAGACUGGGAAUGCCUGAGUGUGGCUGAGUACCCAGGCAUUAGAGAGGGCAAACCAGAUUCAAUUCAGCAAGCCCAGAAGUGGGCUCUCAGCUUGGAGUUGGCAUAUACUGUGAACUGUGGCAGGGUUGAUCAACUACUCUCUAAGCAGGGUCCCAGGAAGCGGCAGAACCAUGGCCAGACCCCACUUCCUCCCCCAGAGGAAGAGAGCAUAAGUGCCUGGUGCCAGAGUGUGCAGGGUUUAGAGACAUGAAACAGGGUCACGUGCCUGAGAUAGAAAUGCUUGGCCAUAUGCUAGGUGAUCACAGAGUGUGGAUGGAGACCAGGGAGACAGGAGUGACUGACUGCUUUACCCUGAGGAUGCACUGAGGAGUGGGGCCCUGAGCUUUCAGCUCUGGGGCUGGAGAGUAGGAGACCACCAUUUUCAUUCUCAUCCUCUUCAGUGGUUCAGAAAGCCUUCAAGGAACAAAAGCCACAUAGAGCAAUCUGGAGCACCUUACUUAGUCUGGCCCCUGGCAAAGGCAGUGCAAUUAUGCCCAGGGCAAAGACACUUGAGAAUUUGUGCAACAGGCCCCUUCCACAGAAUAUCAGCGAAAACAUCCUGCUAAGACCAAGUUUCUGAUUAUAGAUACCUGCAAAAUGCUAGUGCUAGGUAAAAAUAGAGAAUUCAUGUUUUUUCCCCCAUGAUUCUUUAGUUGCUCAAUUUUUUUUAGUUGUUCAAUUUUAUUUUUUUCUCUUUCCUUUUUCAACCAAUUUCUUAUUUUAUCAAUCAUCUUAAAAAAUCUUUUUAAAUUUUAAUUUUUACAUUUACAUCCUAUCCUUUUGUCGUAUUUAAUUUUAGUUUUGUAUAUAUACAAGCUUUUCUUUUUUUUUUCUUUACAGUUUUAAGAUGCAGUUUCUUCUAACAAAUAGAACAAAAUACACCCACCAUCUAGUGUAUGACUCUGUUCUUUUCACUUGUCUGAUCAUAUUCUCUCUAUUUUAUUCUUUUUUUAAAUUAAAGUCUUAACAUUUUCUUCUUUACAGUUACAUUGUGUCAUUUCAAUGUCUUUAAUUUUAUUUUUCUACAUAUAUAAGUUUUUCUUUCUUUACAGUUUUGGGAUGUAGGGUCUUCUAACAAAUUGACCAGAAUACCCAGGAUAUAGUGUAUUGCUCUGUUCUGUUCACCUGUAUGUUUAUAGUCCUUAUUUUUUUUUGUCCUUUAAUUUUCAUUUUUACAGUUACCUUCUGUCCUUCCAUUGUAUUCAUUUUAUUUUUGCAUAUAUGUAAAUUUUUCUUUACAUUUUUGGGAUCUAGUUUUCUAAUAAACAUACCAAAAUGUGC